UAUGUGGACGAGAUUGCGUGCAUCGGCUGCACCUUCUGCGCCGACGUUGCUCGGGGCACCUUUUACAUGGACGAGCAGGCCGGCAGGGCCCGGGUCUUCAAUCAGGGCGGCGACGAACCCGACGUCAUCCAGGAGGCGAUUGAUACAUGCCCGGUGAACUGCAUCACGUACGUCGACCUGGAGGACUUGCAGAUCCUCGAGUCGGAGCGUGAGGGCCAGGUCAUA